AUGCUGAAGCUGCGCGGCUGCCGGGUGAUCGAAGGUCACCUCAGUAUUGUAGUCAUCGAGCACCCCUCACCGAAAGCUUUCAAGAACAUGAGCUUCCCGGAACUGAGGGAAGUGACUGGCUAUAUAAAAAUAUACAGGUUGAUGGGCGUGAUCAACCUCGGCGCCCUUUUCCCGAAUCUCUCUGUAGUGCGCGGCAUGCAACUCUUCAAGGAUUACGCCAUCGUUGUAUUUGAUUGCGAAAACCUCGAGGCGUUGGGGCUGCGCUCGCUGGCGCGCGUGGAGCGAGGCGGCGUUCGGAUCCAACAGAACGACCGCCUCUGCUACACCAACACCAUCGACUGGUCGCGGAUAGUGAGCGACGGCGAAGACAACAUCUUGAUCCGGUCGAACUAUGACCCGCGACUGUGCGGUCUGUGCCCAAACGCGCAGAGCCGCAUGGAAGACCACCGACAGCAACACUUGCAAUGUCCCGCGGAUUCCUCCGGACGGCUGCUCUGUUGGGACGAAAAGAACUGUCAAAAGAUGUGCCCGAGCGCGUGCGGCGGCCGCGCGUGCGCCCACAACGGGACCUGCUGCAACGCGACCUGCCUCGGCGGCUGCGACGGCCCGCUGGCGCGCGACUGCCACGUGUGCGCCAACUACUCGCUCGGCUACGGCGAGAACCGCACCUGCGUCACCUCCUGCCCCGCCAACACCUACAGGCUCUCAAGGCGCUGCGUGACGGAGCAGGAGUGCCGCUCGAUGCCGCCGCCGCAGCCGGCCGAGUCCAGCCAGCCGGCGCCGAACAUCCCAGCAUACAAGAUCCUCAACAACACCUGUGUAUACUACUGCCCCAGCGGAUACAUGGAGGUGGGUGCGGCGCACAACGGCACGUGCCGCCCCUGCCAGCCGGCGGGCUGCGUGCGCGAGUGCGGCGGCGGACGCGUGGACUCUGUGGCCACGGCGGAGCACUUCCGCGGCUGCACCCACCUCAAGGGCUCGCUCGAGAUCUCGCUGAGGGCCAGCGGAGGCAAAACGAUGGCCGUAUUGGAGGCGUCGCUGGGCGAGGUGCGCGAGAUCACCGGCAGCCUGAAGGUGACGCGCGCCUACCCGCUCGUCUCGCUGAUGUUCCUCAAGAACCUUCGCCGCAUCGGCGGCGUCACCAACGACAACAAAAUGCAGAGCCUGUACAUCUUCAACAACCCGAACCUGGAGAUGCUGUGGGACUGGUCGGUGCACAAGCCGAUCGAGAUCACACGGGGCAGGCUGUUCAUCCACUUCAACCCGAAGCUCUGCUACAACCAGAUCCUGCCGCUGAAGAACAUGACGCGCGACCCCCUCUCCACGUUCGACCAGAUCGAGGUCUCCGUCGACAACAACGGCGACCAGGCCUCAUGCUUCCAGGACGUGCUGCAGCUGAAGGUGAGCGCGCUCCGCGACCGCACCGUCAUCCUCACGUGGGACAUGUACUGCUCCGAGGACAGCCGCAAGAUGCUCGGCUACUCCAUCUACUACAUCGCGGCCGAGCACAACGUCACGCUCUACGGGCAGCGGGACGCCUGCUCCGACACGUGGAACGUGCUGGACAUAACGAUGGACGAGUUCCGCAGCAACAGCACCAAGCCGCCGCCGAGCGCCAAGAGCGCGCUGAGCAACCCCUGCGACAACCUGCAGCCCCACUUCUACCCGGUGACGCAGCUGACGCCGUACACGCGCUACGCCGCCUACGUCAAGACCUACACCACGCUGCAGGACAAGAAGGGCGCGCAGAGCCCCAUCAUCUACUUCAAGACCCUGCCCGACUCGCCGAGCCCACCCCUGGGUCUGUCGGUGGAGCUGCGCAGCGCCCACUCGGUGCAGAUCAGCUGGCAGCCGCCCUCGAUGCCCAACGGCACCAUCUCCAUCUACCACGUGGAGAUCCAGGCCAACAGCUACAACCGGGCCACCAUCCUCGCAGACAAUCUCAACUACUGCAACAACCCGAGCGCCCUGUCGAACAUGAUAACGGUGCGCAACGAGGAGGGGGGCGAGGGGGGCGAUGGGGCGGCGGGCGAGGGGGCGGAGGGCGCGCGGGGCGGCGGCACCGGCAACGUGAACGGCACCUGCGCCUGCUCGGAACCGCCCCCGGCGCGCUUCAGCUCGCUCGCGGAACAGGAGCGCAUCGACAGCAUCAACUUCGAGAACGAGCUGCAGAACCACGUGUACGUAAAGACGGACAGGAACAAGUCGCCGAAAUCGUCGAGCAACAGGAUAAAACGCGCCAUCGACAAGGAGCUAAACAGCAUGCUGGUGAUACUGAGCGGUUACAACAAGCCCGAGCAGGGCCUCAAGUAUUUCAACUCGACCGACUCCGAAGGUUACGUGCGGUCCGUGUACUACGAGCUGGACGGCGCCACGCGGACUCUGCUGGUGGAGAACAUGCGCCACUUCACGUGGUACACCGUGAACCUGUGGGCGUGCCGCGAGAAGCAGGACUACGAGCCGCCGGACAACUACAAGAAGACGUGGUGCUCGGGCCGCGCGUUCAACACGUUCCGCACCCUGGAGUUGCCAAACGCCGACGUGGUGAAAGACGUGCGCGCCGAAGUGAUAGUGUCGAACAAGACUCUGCCCGAAGUGAACGUGACUUGGAAGCCGCCGGAGAACCCCAACGGGUUCGUGGUGGCCUACAACGUGCACCACUCUCGUAUUGAGGACAACAUUCAGUCGCAGGACGUGGGCCUGCAGAGCUGCAUCACGGCGGGCGACUACGAGGCGAGCGGGCGAGGCUACGUGCUGCGCAACCUGGCGCCGGGCAACUACAGCGUGCGCGUCACCCCGCUCACGGUGGGCGGCGCCGGCAACGUGUCCGCCGACGUCUACGUGUUCAUACCGGAGCGGCGCUCGGAGGCGGGCUACAUGUGGGCGUGGGGCGUGGCGGCGGGCGGGCUGCUGCUGCUGGUGCUGGCGGCGGGCGCGUGGUACGCGAGGCGCGCGCUGCCUUCGCCGGAGGGCAACAAGCUCUUCGCCACCGUCAACCCCGAGUACGUGUCCACCGUGUACGUGCCCGACGAGUGGGAGCUGCCGCGCACCAGCAUCGAGUUCAUCCGCGAGCUCGGCCAGGGCUCCUUCGGAAUGGUGUACGAGGGCAUUGCUAAGAACAUAGAGAAAGGAAAACCGGAAACUCGGUGCGCUGUGAAAACUGUCAACGAGCACGCUACUGACAGGGAGCGCAUCGAGUUCCUGAACGAGGCGUCUGUGAUGAAGGCGUUCGACACGUUCCACGUGGUGCGGCUGCUGGGCGUGGUGUCGCGCGGCCAGCCCACGCUCGUGGUCAUGGAGCUCAUGGAGUUCGGCGACCUCAAGACCUACCUGCGCUCGCACCGCCCCGACGCAGACUCCUCGCUGCCCAAGAAGGACGACGCCGCGCCGCCCACGCUCCAGAACAUCCUGCAGAUGGCGAUCGAGAUAGCGGACGGCAUGGCGUACUUGGCGGCCAAGAAGUACGUGCACCGCGACCUGGCGGCGCGCAACUGCAUGGUGGCCGGCGACCUCACCGUCAAAGUGGGCGACUUCGGGAUGACGCGCGACAUCUACGAGACGGACUACUACCGCAAGGGCACCAAGGGGCUGCUGCCCGUGCGCUGGAUGAGCCCCGAGAGCCUCAAGGACGGGGUGUUUUCAAGUAACAGUGAUGUGUGGAGUUAUGGUGUCGUACUAUGGGAAAUGGCGACACUUGCGAUGCAGCCCUAUCAGGGCCUGUCGAACGAGCAGGUGGUCCGCUACGUGGUGGAGGGCGGCGUGAUGGAGCGGCCCGAGCACUGCCCCGACCGGCUGUACGAGCUGAUGCGCGCGUGCUGGUCGCACCGCGCCCACGCGCGCCCCUCCUUCCUGCAGCUGGUGGCCGACCUGGCGCCCAGCGCGCAGCCCCACUUCCGCCACCGCUCCUUCUUCCACUCGCCGCAGGGCCAGGAGAUGUACGCGCUGCAGCGCACCGCGAUGGACGAGGAGCAGGAGUCGGCGGAGGUGAACGUGGGCGCCGUGGCGACCGGCUCCGGCUCGAACCUGUUCGGCGUGUCGGGGCGGCUCGCGUCGUGGGUGCGCGAGCUGUCCUCGCUGCGCUCGCGGGGCUCGGACGACGCGGCCGCCGAGCCGCUGCAGCCGGCGCGCGCCCUCAAGGGCCCCAACGGCGUGCUGCACGACCGCCUCGACGACACCACCGGCUGC